AUGAUCAACUCCACGCAGCUUUUAUAUUUCACUCUGAGUGCGUACGUUGACUCUGGACCGUUCAGAUACCUGAACUUUGUGCUCAUCAUGUGUCUGUAUGUUCUGAUCGUUGGCUGCAACGUUCUGCUGAUCGUGGUCAUCUGUGUGAGCAGGAGUCUGCAUGAACCCAUGUACAUGUUUCUGUGCAGCCUGUUUGUGAAUGAGCUGUACGGAAGCUCAGGCUUGUUUCCGUUCCUGCUGCUCCAGGUUCUGUUGGACGUUCACGUCAUUUCUGCUCCGCUCUGUUUCCUGCAGGUCUUCUGUGUUUACACUUACGGAAUCGUAGAAAUUGUAAAUCUAGCCGUCAUGUCUUACGACAGGUACGUUGCCAUCUGUUUCCCUCUGCACUACAACGCCUUGAUGACUUCUAAAAAGGUUGCAGUGCUCAUCGCUCUCACGUGGCUGUGUCCGUUCGUUGCCAUCGUGGUUCUGCUCGCUCUGAGCGCGCCGCUGCAGCGCUGCGGGAACACCAUCGACAAGGUCUACUGCGGAAACUACGCCAUCGUCAAGCUGAGCUGCUCCAACACCAGCCUCAACAACGUUUUAGGGCUCAUUUACACGGUCGUGUCCAUUGUCAUUCCUCUCUGUUUAAUCCUUUACACGUAUACAAAGAUUCUGGAAGUGUGUUUCUCUGGAUCCAAAGUGACCCGGCAGAAAGCCCUCAGCACCUGCACGCCUCACCUGGCCUCCAUCCUGAACUUUUCUUUCGGCUGCUGUUUUCAGAUUUUACAGAGCAGGUUCGAGACGAGCAGAGUUCCUGCCGUGCUGGCCAUCUUCUUAUCCGUGUACUUCCUGACAUGCCCGCCGCUCUUGAACCCGGUUCUGUACGGACUGAACAUGAGCUCGAUCCGAAACGCGCUGAGACGCCUGCUGUGUGGAGGAAACACAAAUCCACCAACAGAUUUAUUCAGCUCAGCGUUUUAUUCCUGA